AUGUCAACUGUCAUUCCCAAUUCCAAGGCGGCAUCCACCAGCAGCAGCUCCGUCUACGCCUCUAACCAUGACGCCGCCACACUCCGCACACACGAAUGGCGCACCGUGGCCAACUCCGCGGCCUAUCUAAUUCCCUACCUGAAGCCCGACAUGAAGAUACUCGACGUGGGCUGCGGGCCUGGCAGUAUCACCAUCGACCUCGCCCGCUACGUACCAGACGGCUACGUGAUCGGAGUGGAAUACGCCAGCAAACCGCUCACCGCGGCGCGCCUUCUCGCUGAGAAAAAGCAAGUUACCAAUGUCCAGUUCGCCGUCGCAGAUGCCCUGGAUCUCAAGGAGUAUGCCGAUAACACGUUCGAUGUUGUGCAUGCGCACCAGGUGCUGCAACAUGUGCCGGAUCCGGUCAGGGCGUUGAGGGAGAUGAGGAGGGUGGUGAGGCCUGGUGGACUUCUUGCAUUGCGGGAAUCGGCGACGAUGGGUUGGUACCCUAGGCUCAAAGGGUUGGAUCAGUGGUAUGAUAUUUAUCGAAAGGUGGGCAAGGGGCUCGGCGGGAACCCGGAUCCAGGGUCGUACAUUCAUGUAUGGGCACAGGAGGCUGGGUUUGGGAGGGAGGACAUCACUUGUUCUGCGGGCACGUGGUGUUUUAGUGCGCCCGAUGAAAGGAAGUGGUGGAGUGAUAUCUGGGCUGAGAGGGUUCUGGCGGCGAGCUAUGUUGAGAAGGCGGAGCAAGGUGGUUAUUGUACGAGAGAGGAUCUGUCGAGGAUAGCUAGCACAUGGAAGGCAUGGGGGGAAGAUAAAGAUGGCUGGUUUACCAUCACUCAUGGGGAGAUAAUUUGUCGAAAGUAA